UCGUACGUUGCCGGCGCGCGUGCGACUACCGUCGUUGUGUCGGUAUAUCCGUGAUUUCAUGUUUGUUUUCCAAAUACUACUGGUGCUAAUCGUCGUGUGGUUCGAAAUUUAUUUUCWUUCAGACUUCUAGCACUCAUUACGAUGUCAGUCGAAAUAUUGUGUUGAUUGUUUUUCAUUAGCUGCUCGCCUAAUGGAUAUCAGAUCAACCUGUUCACACACGCAUGAUUCAGACAUAAUGUUGGUGAGAUGGACGUUGAUUAUAAUGAUCGCUUUUUCGACGACAAGCGUGGCCAAAGGACACGUAAACGUGACAACUCGACGGGAUUCAACUGUGCCAUCGUUCGUGGCGGAAAACGUCACCGAGUAUGACGAAAUGGCAAACUAUACUGAUGAGGAAUAUCACAAUUACCUUGUCGAUUACAUUACACCUCAAAAAUCUGAAUGGGUAUUUAUUGUCAUGCACUCAAUGGUUUUCGUGGUUGGACUUAUUGGAAACGCUUUAGUUUGCGUGGCUGUCUACAGGAAUCGAACAAUGCGAACUGUWACGAACUAUUUCAUCGUUAACUUGGCGGUAGCUGACUUUUUAGUGAUUUUAAUCUGCUUGCCACCAACUGUUGUAUGGGAUGUCACAGAAACAUGGUUCAUGGGCACUGUUGCUUGCAAAAUGGUUUUGUACUUUCAGGUGACCAAAGGCGAGUUACAAGUCACGUAUUAAAUGCAAGCUUGAGCGCCAGCUAAUUAUUCCCAUGUAGAUAGGAUAUACAAAGAUUAAAACGUUUUACAAAUAAAUGUAUUGGAAGAAGACAACUAAUAAAUAAGCCAACCUAUUUUCCAGAUAUAACKUCUACCAAAUGGGGAACAUAAAAUAAAGAAAUGUUGUUCAUCAUUGCCAAUCUUAACCAGAUAUAUCUGAAGCUAUAAAUAGUUACAGUCUAUAGGCGUUUCGAAUUCCAAUUAAUACGUUAGAAUCACUUAACAAAGAAAAAGAAAGUCGACUAAUAAAAUAGAUUUAUGUAUAAAUAUAUAUUACCUACGCGGUGAAAACAGCUAUGAAAAUUAAGAACGGUGUUUAAAAUGCAUAUUUACGUUAUUUCGAUUUUAGAACGUUUAAAAAAAGCACCCUCGUUUAAUUAGACCGAAGACAA